AUGAAGGCCUGUGAUGUUCACCGUAUGAUCGAGACAAUCAGACGUCACAAAAUACAAACAACAAAAACCAUUCGCACGCUUAAACACAAGCUUCAAGCAGGAAGAGCCAUCAAACAAAACUUAGCAAUAACGCUAACCGAAAAGCCUCACUUCCUCAACUACGCCAUUUCAGCUAAGUUGCUCAACAACGAAGAUGAAUUCGACAACAAAGGUAUAAACAUAAUAGCAACAUUGGAAGAAGAAAUCAAUGAAAGCAUCGCAAAACUAAACAAAGUUGCAAGCAACCUUCCCGUUAAGUAG